CCCACGUCGGUCUGUCCAUACCAUUGAUCUAUCAGACGUUGAGCUAAAUAAGCCACUCGAUAUACUCAUCUGUUCGGGAUUAAAUGAUGUGAAAGAUGUUGCGAACGAUUCUCACAGAGCCGAAGUCUUUUCGACGACGAUAAUCGAUUCCUCACUCGAACGGCGCGUGCAGUCUAUACAGUGGCGCAGCAAUGCCAAGUGUUGCAUCUCGCAUAUCAGAAUUUACUAGUACAACAUCCCAUAAAGAUAGUCAGCGUGUUACUGCGGCAUCUUCUGGUCCAGUCCAAGCCAGGGAACGAGCUGUCCCCGACCCGAACACGUUCCCAGGUCCGCUUGUUUUGCCAUAUGACGACCUUGCGGACGACCCGAAGUGGCCCCCGCAGCCUUUCAAAGCUUGGAGGGAUGGAAGGUGGCGGAAUCCGGUAACGCCUGAGCGGCGCACUAUAUACCUUGCUGCUCCUCCUACCACGGCGAAGGCGUUGCAACAUGUGUAUGACUGGGCGAAGCCGAACCUCGACAGUGGAGAGAAUGGGAAGAAAAUAUACGCUGACUCAGCUGCAUGGCCCGGACCAGGAUGGACUAGCAGAUUGCAGACGGAAGUUUUUAUCUCGUACAUCGCAGCGUUCUACCAUCCGCUCCCGGUCAAAAUAUUGCACAAGCGACUGAAGUUUGUACCAUGGGAGAAUGACCAACCAAAGACGAAGAGACAAAGGACAUCUAGAAAGGAACAGCAAAACGAGAUUGCAAUUGCAACCGAUUCGGAGCUGAUUCAGAUCCGAAAUCGACCUUGCCCUGAUGACCUCUUUCCUCGACAGCUGAAUCUCUGUGACCUUUUGGAUGUUGCCAUUGAGGUGUUACCUGCAGACGCAUACGCACUACUAAUGCUGACUGAUCACGAUAUUUUCGAGAAUGAAGCAGACGAUUUCUGCUGCGGACGUGCAUUUGGGGGAAGCCGUGUCGCCGUGGUGUCCACAGCUCGCUAUCUCACCGAGCUUGACGCCAUGCAAGAUAUCGAUCACGUGCACUCGUGGCCGGCGAGUCAUUGCGCAAAAUACGUCAACAGAUACUGUGAUCUAUACUCUGACAUAGAUGAGAAUGACAAGAAGAGGAAAGAGGACGCGAAAAAACUGACAAAAGGAAGAAAGAACGGGAAAGCAAAAGGGAAGUCGAAGGGUACAGUGCUAUAUGAAUCCUCGCAACAUGGUUCCGCCUCGCCUAUGAGAGCGGCAAUCUCAGUCUACAAUGAGAAUUCUGAUAGGAACCUGCUUAUGGCGCGCGUGGCACGGACGGCAUGCCACGAGCUGGGACAUUGCUUCGGUAUAGACCAUUGUGUGUAUUACGCAUGUUCUAUGCAGGGCACAAGCUCAGCCGCCGAAGAUGCUCGACAGCCUCCAUAUCUCUGUCCUGUUGACCUGGAAAAGGUUCUUCAUGCAACAGGAGGCGAGGAAUUGAGCAGAUAUGAUGAACUCUUAAAAGUAUUUUUGAGGCAAAAGCGAGGAGACGAGGGGUAUGAACCUAAUUUCUUCCGCUCUUUGGUGGUCUCUGGGGGGAGGGUCACCAGCUCGACGUGA